GGUGGCCGGAAGGUACGGUGGGGACCGCGCUCCGGGCACGCGAGGCAGAGAAGAGCGGCCGGGCCGAGACUGCUCAGUGGGCCCGAGCCCCCCGAAUCCUGGACGGGGCGUCCCCAGCCGGGCCGGGCUGAGAUCCCACCCCACCCGGGCCGCUCAGAGGAGGAAGGGGAAGGUCCAGGCCCUGCUCGUUGGGGACGCCCGGGCCCGGCUCACACCUCCCACGUUCGUACAGCGCCCUCUGUGUCCAAGGGCUGGGGCAGGUAGCGAGGCUGGGGCUUGCCCCCUGGUUGUAGAUGGCAGGAUUUCUAUAGUAUAUCUAGUAUGAGUUCCAGAUCUUGGCCUUUUAUCCAACUUCAACAGUCUCAUCUCCACCUUCUGGAGGAUAAAUGGGAUUUGCAUAAAUUCCAAAUUCCGAACUAAAAAACAGGCCGCAUUGUUAAUAUCUUUUUCUUCUGGUUGUUAUUAACAGCUCCUCAGAAAAUUAAAUGUCGUCAGAAGAUCGAGAAGCUCAGGAGGAUGAAUUGCUGGCCCUGGCGAGUAUUUAUGAUGGAGAUGAAUUUAGAAAAGCAGAGUCUGUGCAAGGUGGAGAAACCAGGAUCUAUUUGGACUUGCCACAAAAUUUCAAGAUAUUUGUGAGCGGCAAUUCAAAUGAGUGUCUCCAGAAUGGUGGCUUUGAAUACACCAUUUGCUUUCUGCCUCCACUUGUGCUGAACUUUGAACUGCCACCAGAUUAUCCAUCCUCCUCCCCACCUUCAUUCACACUUAGUGGCAAAUGGCUGUCACCAACUCAGCUUUCUGCUCUCUGCAAGCACUUAGACAACCUGUGGGAAGAACACCGUGGCAGUGUGGUCCUGUUUGCUUGGAUGCAGUUUCUUAAGGAAGAGACCCUAGCAUACCUGAAUAUUGUCUCUCCGUUUGAGCUCAAGAUGGGUUCUCAGAAAAAGGUGCAGAGAAGGACGGCUCAGGCCUCUCCCAACACAGAGCUAGAUUUUGGAGGAGCUGCUGGAUCGGCUGCGGAUCAAGAGGAGGCUGUGGAUGAGAGGGCUGUACAGGAUGUGGAAUCGCUGUCGAGUCUGAUCCAGGAAAUUUUGGACUUUGACCAAGCUCAGCAGAUAAAAUGCUUUAACAGUAAAUUGUUCCUGUGCAGUAUCUGUUUCUGUGAGAAGCUGGGUAGUGAAUGCAUGUACUUCUUGGAGUGCAGGCAUGUGUACUGCAAAGCCUGUCUGAAGGACUACUUUGAAAUCCAGAUCAGAGAUGGCCAAGUUCAGUGCCUCAACUGCCCAGAACCCAAGUGCCCUUCGGUGGCCACUCCUGGUCAGGUCAAAGAGCUAGUGGAAACAGAGUUAUUUGCCCGUUACGACCGCCUUCUCCUCCAGUCCACCUUGGACCUGAUGGCGGAUGUGGUGUACUGUCCCCGCCCGUGCUGCCAGUUGCCUGUGAUGCAGGAGCCCGGCUGCACCAUGGGCAUCUGCUCCAGUUGCAAUUUUGCCUUCUGUACCUUGUGCAGAUUGACUUACCACGGGGUCUCUCCGUGUAAGGUGACUGCAGAGAAAUUAAUGGACUUACGAAAUGAGUACCUGCAAGCAGAUGAGGCCAAUAAAAGAUUUUUGGAACAGAGGUAUGGUAAGAGGGUGAUUCAGAAGGCACUGGAAGAGAUGGAAAGUAAGGAAUGGCUAGAAAAGAACUCAAAGAGCUGCCCGUGCUGUGGGACUCCCAUAGAGAAAUUAGAUGGAUGUAACAAGAUGACAUGUACCGGCUGUAUGCAAUAUUUCUGCUGGAUUUGCAUGGGUUCUCUCUCUAGAGCAAACCCUUAUAAACAUUUCACUGAUCCUGCUUCCCCGUGUUUUAACCGGUUGUUCCAUGCUGUGGAUGUUAAUGGAGAUAUUUGGGAAGAUGAGAUUGAAGACUAGUUAACUCCUCCUACUCAAGAUAAGGAAGUGGAAUGUGGGCCAAGAUUUGUCCUACAUUGACAUGAACCUCAUGUGUUCUUUUGGUGAAAGCGAGAGAGCCAAGCGUCCCUGUACAGACUGCCAGUUCAUCGUGCUCAAAAUUAUAGUUUGAAGAGGCUGCAUCUCUUGAUUUAAAUAAAAGUUUUGAG